UCCUAUGCUUGGAUCUUCAAUGAAUACCCAACUUUUGUGCAAGAAGAUAGUCGGAGAUUUGUUUCUCAGGAAACUGGGCAUCUCUACAUAGCUAAAGUAGAGCCAUCUGAUGUAGGAAAUUACACCUGUGUUGUGACCAGUGCACUAACUAACACCAACAUCCUUGGGUCACCAACACCUUUGGUGCUACGGACUGAUGGGGUAAUGGGAGAAUAUGAACCCAAAAUAGAAGUUCAGUUUCCUGAAACACUUCCUGCUGCUAAAGGAUCAACUGUAAAACUAGAAUGCUUUGCCCUCGGAAACCCAGUUCCUCAAAUUAACUGGAGAAGAACUGAUGGGAUGCCAUUUCCAAGCAAAGUAGUGUUGAGGAAAUCCAAUGGCAUGAUUGAAAUUCCCAAUUUCCAACAAGAAGAUGCUGGUCUCUAUGAGUGUAUUACUGAAAAUACGAGAGGGAAGAAUGUUGCAAAGGGACGGCUGACGUAUUAUGCUAAGCCUCACUGGGUUCAACUGAUAAAAGAUUUUGAAGCUGCAGUGGAGGACAGCAUAUACUGGGAGUGCAGAGCAAGUGGUAAACCCAAGCCUUCUUACAGGUGGCUGAGAAAUGGAGAACCUCUAGCAUUAGAGGGAAGAGUACAAAUUGAAAAUGGAGCUUUGACUAUAACAAACUUAAACCUGACAGAUUCUGGCAUGUACCAGUGUAUAGCAGAGAACAAACAUGGCAUGAUAUAUUCCAGUGCCAAUCUCCGGGUUGUAGCUUCUGCUCCUGACUUUUCUAAAAGCCCAGUGAAGAAAUUGAUUCAGCUUCUAAAGGGCAGCCCAGCUCAUUUUGAGUGCAAGCCAAAAGCUUCCCCUAAAGCGACAACUAUUUGGAAAAAGGGAGGUGAGCUGCUCCAAGAAAAUGAAAGAAUAUCAUUGUUAAAAGAUGGAAGCUUCCAAAUUGCUAAUGUGAGUAAAUCAGAUGCUGGAAGUUAUACUUGCCUGGCAGAGAACAAGUUUGGAAAAGCUAGUAGCACAACUACCUUAUUAGUUACAGAACCAACCCGGAUAACACUGGCACCAUCAAAUAUGGAUGUGACUGUAGGAGAAAGUGUAAUUUUACCCUGCCAAGUUCAGCAUGACCCACUGCUGGAUAUAAGUUUCACAUGGUAUUUUAAUAGUGCAUUGACUGACUUCAGAAAAGAUGCAUCUCAUUUUGAGAGAGUGGGUGGGAGUGCAUCUGGAGACUUAAUGAUUAGGAAUAUCCAGCUGAAACACAGUGGAAAAUAUGUGUGCACAGUGAAGACUGACGUGGAUAGUGUAUCAUCUGCAGCAGAUCUUAUCGUGCGAGGUUCACCUGGACCACCAGAGCAUGUAAAAGUGGAUGAAAUAACAGCUACUACAGCUCAAGUUUCUUGGUAUGAGGGCUUAGAUAAUCACAGCCCAAUCACUGGUUAUACUGUCCAGGCCAGGACACCAUUUUCAGUAGGCUGGCAAAGAGUCAAAACAGUUCCUGAUGGCAUUGAUGGGAGAACAUUCACCGCUACUGCAGUAGACUUAAAUCCUUGGGUUGAAUAUGAAUUUCGUGUAGUUGCCAGUAACAAAAUUGGAGGUGGAGAACCUAGUUUACCCUCAGAAAAAGUAAGAACUGAAGAGGCAGUUCCAGAAGUACCACCAUCAGAAGUAAGUGGAGGAGGAGGCAGCAGGUCUGAACUGGUCAUAACAUGGGAUCCAGUUCCUGAAGAAUUACAGAAUGGUGAAGGAUUUGGUUAUGUGGUUGCUUUCCGACCUCUUGGCAUUACAACCUGGAUACAGACUGUUGUUACAUCACCUGACACCCCAAGAUACGUCUUUAGGAAUGAAAGCAUUUUACCAUUUUCACCCUAUGAAGUCAAGGUUGGCGUAUAUAAUAAUAAAGGAGAAGGACCAUUUAGUCCAGUGGCCACAGUGUAUUCUGCCGAAGAGGAGCCUACAAUAGCUCCUUCUGGUGUUUCUGCAAACAGUCUCUCGUCUUCCACAAUUGAAGUAUCCUGGAUUCCCAUUCCUUGGAAAAUGAGCAGUGGGAGAUUGCUAGGCUAUGAGGUAAGGUAUUGGAAUAAUGGCGGGAAAGAACAGUCUUCAAACAGAGUAAAAGCCAUUGGAAAGGAGACAUCAGUAAAAAUAACAGACUUGAUGAGCAACUUGGUGUAUUAUACAGCUGUUCGAGCAUACAACAGUGCAGGAGCAGGUCCUUUCAGUGCCACUGUCAAUGCUACCACAAAAAAACCACCACCCAGCCAGCCUCCAGGGAACUUAGAGUGGAACAUUACAGACUCCAGGGUAGUGCUGAACUGGGAACAGGUACAUGCCAUGGACAAUGAGUCAGAAGUAGUUGGCUAUAAGGUUUUAUAUUGGACUAGCAAUCAGAACCAUCUCAGUGUCCUGAACACAAAUAGAACAUCUGCUGAACUUUUGCUUCCUUUAAAUGAUGAAUAUAUUAUAGAAGUGAAAGCAGUGACUGAUGGUGGAGAUGGCAUUAGCAGUGACCAGAUUAAAGUUCCUAAAUUAGCAAGUAUGGAUGCAAGAGGAAGUUGUGCAGGGGUCUUAAAUUGCCUCUCCAGCCUGAUGCCAAUAACUUUGCUCUUGAUUUUCAAUGCAAUAUUGUGA